AUGGUGCCAUUGGGGUCGUUUCGAUGGUGCUCGCUUCUAUGGACGUACGGAAGUGUGCACGCGUGGUCACCGCCCGUCACGGCCGCUGUGGAUCACGUGUCGCGGCGUGAGUGGUUGGGGUUCCUCGUGAGCACCGUGGCCGUCGAUACACCGAUAGACGACACCGGUCUAGCAAAGGAUGCAUCCAUCCCACCAACUACGUUGGUUUCUUCUCAGGAAUUACCAAUCAUGCUCCGUGAUUAUACCAAACUCGUCCCACUUGGUCCACCAGAAGCCAAGCUCCGGAACGAAUACAGCCCUGAUGUCGCCGACCGUCUCACAAACAUGGACAAGGGGCCCAUCGACGCACUCGCGCAAAAACUCACGAACGAUUUAGCAAACGGCGCGACGGGUCGGGGUAGUUACAUUGUCACGGGCGAUUUAAAUCCACGCAUCUUUCGAGACGACUGUGUCUUUCAGGAUCCCACCAACCGCGUCGCGUCGCUCCGGCAGUAUCGUCAGGCCUUGACUAUAUUGUUCGAUCCGGAACGGUCCGUGGUGGAAGUACUGGAACCGGUCCGUCGGAUCGUGAGUGACACGGAUGACGGCAGUAUACGACUGCGAGGACGCUUUCGCCAACGUGGUUAUCUCCAGUUCCUGCCGUGGCAGCCGUACGUCACGGCCUACGAAUCCACCAUCACCUACCGGAUUGAUCCAGACACGGGUCGGAUUGCCGAACAAUCCCAAACUUGGACGAAAUCUGCCAAUCGGGCCUUGCGGGAAUCGUUCACUCCCUCAUGGAAUGGGUCGCCGCCAGCAUCGUCACAAUUGCCCACAUCGGACGAACCUGAACCGGUUCGAGCAUUGUUCCGUAGGGUCAACGGCCGUCGACCAUACGAGUACAGUGACGAAGAACGUGUCGAAAUAGCGGAUCUGGUGCGGAAAAUCGUAGCGGAAAACGCAUCGGAGCGACAAAGGUACCAGUGGUCCGAGGAUGCACUAGUGGGACGCUGGAUUUUGGUCUAUCUUGAACCCGGUCCGGAAGGCAGCGGCGUCGAUCGGCGCGUUCCGUUUCCCGAAUUCCCUUGGAACGACAGUUACCAAAUCUUUGCGCGAAACACGGUAACCAACGUGGGCGAAAUAUGGGGUCCGUCUUUGUACGCGACCGUGUCUGGAAGCUUGAGCGAGCAAGACGUGGGCAGUCGAACCAUGCCAAAACGCUUUACUACAAGCAUUCACGGCGGUCAGAUAUGUUGGAAAGAGGUCAGACCAUGUGUGCCCCUUCCCAUUCAAGGGGAAGGCGUCUUCCAAUUGGAGUAUAUAGGACCGCGACUGCGAAUCUUGCAAAACUUGAACGGUGGUGGAGCGCGUGGGGUUCAAAUUCGUUUGCCGUAA